AUCGAAGACCACCCAACAAUGUCAUUUGCGUCCACCUCGAACAUAUGGACAAGCCUGGCUACCACGCCUCUCUGGACUCGCUCGGCCCAGAGGCGGACAAUCAGCUCUACUUGUCUUCGCCUAUCACACAUUGGUUCUAAGCCGGUUCCUAUCCCGGCCACAAUUUCACUCAGCAUGUGUAAUCCUCGUCGUCCACGAACAUCAAGGAGUUCUGUUGCCGUUGGACAGCCUCAACUAACGGUUACUGGUCCACUUGGAAAACUGAGCAUCGAUGUAGCAUCAUUUGUUCGAUUAUCUUUUGAGCCGACCGAAGGUGGACAAACUCACGUGAUUGGGGCCGAUCUUCCCAAGACACCACUUGUUAGCCCGAAUGCAGAUCACUCUGAACUUCCUCAAGUACCCACUGACACAGUCAAAGGACCUGGCACGAUCAAUGUUGGAGUUGAAGAUGAAAGGGCAAAGAAGCAAAGAGGUACAUGGGGUCUUUCUCGAGCUUUAUUGGCAAAUGCAGUGAAUGGGGUUCAAACUGGAUUUAGUUCGGAACUUAAGUUGGUAGGAGUAGGAUAUCGAGCUUCAUUGGAAAAAGAUAAUACUUGUUUAAAUUUAAGGGUUGGAUAUUCUCACCCUGUACUUAUCGAUUUACCAAAGACAGAUACAUUUUUGGGAUGUGAAUUACCUAGUCCAACGGAAAUUAUUAUUAAAGGAAUCGAUAAACAAGAACUUGGACUGUUGGGAGCUUCUAUUCGAAAAUGGAGACCACCAGAACCUUAUAACGGUAAAGGUAUAUAUCUGAAUGGAGAGAUCAUCAAGCGGAAAGAGGCCAAGAAGAAGUAAUCAGGCUGUACAUCUUACUACCACUAUUCAUCGUUCAACAAUUUUAAGGAUACCCUUUGUCCAAUUGAAAAUCGACACCAUGUCAAGAUAGAAUAUCCAACCGAAUUGAAUCAUGAGGGCGGAGUGAUGGGAGUUGCGAAGGGGCAUGUAAGAAUUGAAUGAGAAUUGGCUUCAUCGUCGGUCAAUACAUUUUUGAUGGAUAUCCACUUUUUGAACAAU